CGUGCAGGAACAGGCAGAAAACACAGGUUAGCUAAUGUCAACACACCCCUGAGGUACAGCCUGUUAGCUUAGCCUAGCCUGUUGCUAACCGUAUAGCAACACUCCUGCUGCACUUGUCAACACUUUGCACGUAAGGACCCGGACUUUUGUCUUUUGUUGCUUUGAAUUAAAAGCGACCUUUUUUCUCCAGGAUGCACGUGCAGAGAGUCGUUCUCAACUCACGUCCAGGUAAAAAUGGGGCGCCAGGUCCUGAAAACUUCCGCCUGGAGGAGUCCACUUUAGCGCCUGACCUGAAGGAGGAGGAGGCCCUUGUUCGGACGCUUUACCUUUCAGUUGACCCCUACAUGCGCUGCAGGAUGAACGAGGACACCGGUGCAGAAUACCUGACUCCAUGGCAGCUGUCUGCGUGUGUGGAUGGCGUAGGCAUCGGCGUGGUUGAGUCCAGCCGCUGCAGCUCCUGCUCUGUGGGAGAUGUGGUCACUUCGUUCAACUGGCUGUGGCAGACCCACGUUGUUAUGAAAGGAAGCGUCCUACAGAAGGUUGAUCCCCAGUUGGCUGGCGGGCACUUAUCCUACUUGCUGGGUGCAGUCGGCCUAACAGGCCUCACUGCCCUGCUGGGUGUGAGGGAGAAGGGUCACGUCACCAAAGGGGCCAAUCAGACCAUGGUGGUCAGUGGGGCUGCUGGGGCCUGUGGCUCCAUAGCUGGACAGAUUGGCAGGCUGGACGGCUGUGUGAGGGUUGUCGGGAUCUGUGGAUCUGAAGAGAAGUGCAGAGCUUUACUGGAUGAUCUGGGCUUCUCCGCUGCCAUCAACUAUCGACAGGAGGAUGUACCGGCCAGACUGAAGGAGUGCUGCCCUGAUGGAGUAGAUGUUUACUUUGACAAUGUGGGAGGUCCCAUCAGUGAUACUGUCAUAGCACAGAUGAACAGCGGCAGCCAUGUGAUCCUGUGUGGGCAGAUCUCUCAGUACAACAAGGAUGUGCCGUAUCCUCCACCUUUGAGCGAGGAGACACAGGAAGCUCUGCAAAGCAAGAGCAUCACCAGAGAGAGAUUCAUGGUGCUUGACUACAUGAGCAAAGCAGAAGCUGCCCUCACUGAGCUCGGCCAGGGUAUUAAAUCAGGCCAGAUCAAGGUGCUAGAAACGGUGGUGAAUGGCAUUGAAAACAUGGGAGAUGCAUUUUGCUCUAUGAUGAAAGGGGGAAACAUUGGCAAACAAAUUAUAAAGAUAUCAGAGUGAGGAUAAUCACCACAGUUCCCAGUAGCUACUACUCUCACCAGACACCUCGAGAAAUGAACCCAUUAAGGUAAUGAACUCGAGUAAGACAUUGCAUCGCUUAGCUGAUGCCAGUUGAUUGCAAUUACAAACCAGAAAUGAAAAAUCACAUCAUGUUCUCUCUUUAUGAUGUUGAGAAAAGUAAAAUAAAAAAAGUGUUUGAGAACCUGAUAAGUAUUGAAUAUUAAAACUUUUUAAUUUAUAUUUCCAGGGCCACAGUAAACAAUAAACAUAGAUUAGAUAGAUAUUUGCUUAUGUUACACAUUUUAAAUUGCAGUAAUACGUAAUGAUUUUAAAAUCUACCAGUGUAGAAAGAUCAUUACCCAAAAUAAACGUAACUGAACCAUAAAGAGACAUCAUCAGACGUGGUCCUAUUUGGAGCACAAGUGACAAAAGGCAAUAAGGUUAUAACUAGUGGAGAAAUACAUUUUUACUGUUUAUUAGCACUACUGUAAUUAAAUGUGUCGUACACAUAGUACUGUCAAAUUACUGUCUGUUGGUACCAGGGUUGGUAUGUGUGAACUACUGCGUAACGGGUUAUCAUGAUCUGGUUUUACUUACAAUGGUUAGCUGGCUAAUAUAAACUUUGUUCCUGUGAAACUGGAACGCCCAUGGUUCUUAGGGUGUGACAUCAUCCGAGUUCUGCGGUGUAAUGAAACGAGGACAAAGCACCGGCCUUUUCAGCGCGCUACCUAGCUUGAGCUAACGAGCUACAUAAAACUACAUAAGCUUUUUGCUGCAUUUUAUGCUAUGAAAAGAUAUAUUUGAUACAGAUAAAGUAUUUUUCAAAGGAUCGUUCAUAUACUAGUGUAAUACCACUAUAGCAUUACUGUGUGUUUUGGCCGACAAGCAAAUAACAAGUAUUAGCUUGCUAGCACCAAAUCCAGCAUUGCCAUUGGUCUUCAUUGUUAUGUCCUUGAUAUUAUGAUUUGAUUUGAACUAAAGAUUUUUCAUAUCACACUAACUGUAAAUAAACCUUGGGACUUUGAAUUGCA